AUGGAGCAGAUAUCGGCAACGUCGACGAACGUUAUUCCGGGUACAUUUCAGGGGAGUCGAGACGAUGUCGCGGGCCAAAUCGGGUUGGUUUGGCAGCAAAUGAAGGCGCCACUGAUUGUUGCCUUUCUGAAAGUUAUGGUUGUUUUGUGUCUGGCAAUGUCGAUAAUGCUUUUCAUUGAAAGAGUGUAUAUGGGGAUUGCCAUAGUCUUCCUCAAGUUGUUUGGGAGAAAACCUGAGAAAAGGUACAAAUGGGAGCCGAUGAAGGAUGAUGUCGAGCUCGGUAGUUCUGCUUAUCCUAUGGUUCUAAUACAAAUCCCAAUGUACAAUGAAAAAGAGGUUUAUCAACUUUCGAUUGGAGCUGCAUGUGGACUUUCAUGGCCAUCUGAUCGGAUCAUAAUUCAAGUUCUCGAUGAUUCAACAGAUCAUACAAUUAAGAGCAUGGUGGAACAAGAAUGCCAAAGAUGGGGAAGCAAAGGGGUAAACAUAAGGUACGAGAUAAGGGACAACAGGAAUGGAUACAAAGCAGGUGCUUUGAAAGAAGGAAUGAAACACAUCUACGUCAAACACUGUGAUUAUGUUGCCAUUUUCGAUGCUGAUUUCCAGCCUGAACCGGACUUCCUAUGGCGCACCAUCCCUUUUAUUGUGAACAACCCUGAAAUUGCACUGGUUCAAGCACGUUGGAAAUUUGUCAACGCAAAUGAAUGCUUAAUGACAAGGAUGCAAGAGAUGUCAUUGGAUUAUCAUUUCAAAGUUGAACAGGAAGUGGGGUCUUCAGCCUAUGCUUUCUUCGGUUUCAAUGGGACGGCUGGUGUAUGGAGAAUUUCAGCACUCAACGAAGCUGGUGGAUGGAAAGACAGAACGACCGUGGAGGACAUGGAUUUGGCCGUCCGAGCUAGUCUUAAAGGCUGGAAAUUUGUUUACGUCGGCGAACUCAAGGUGAAAAAUGAGUUGCCAAGUACAUUCAAAGCUUAUAGGUAUCAACAGCAUAGAUGGUCAUGUGGCCCUGCUAAUCUCUUCAAAAAAAUGGCAAUCGAAAUCAUAAGAAAUAAGAAAGUUACUCUAUGGAAGAAGCUUUAUGUGAUCUACAGUUUCUUCUUCGUCCGAAAGAUAGUAGCUCACAUUGUCACAUUGUUUUCUACUGUUUCGUUUUACCCUCAACUUUUCGUUCCUGAAGUCCAUGUUCCUAAGUGGGGUGCUGUCUACAUUCCUUCUAUCAUCACUCUCCUCAACGCUGUUGGAACCCCGAGGUCAUUGCAUCUGGUGAUGUUCUGGAUUCUCUUUGAGAAUGUGAUGUCUUUACAUCGGACCAAGGCAACGUUUAUCGGUCUGCUGGAGGCCGGAAGAGUAAAUGAAUGGGUUGUUACCGAAAAAUUGGGAGAUGCUCUCAAGACUAAAGUUGGUGCAAAAGCUACCAAGAAACCCCGAAUCCGAAUCGGAGAAAGGCUUCAUUUGCUUGAGCUUGGUGUUGGGGCAUACCUCUUCUUCUGUGGCUGCUAUGACAUGGCUUUUGGAAAGAAUCGCUAUUUCAUGUUCCUCUUCCUCCAGUCUAUUGCUUUCUUCAUCGCCGGUUUCGGUUACAUCGGAACCUUUGUUUCAUCAUCUUAGUCCCCAUAAUGAUCAAAGCCUACAUAUCCUCCCCCAC